CUGCAAUGCUCCAAUAGCUUCCUCAUGAUUGAUUACUUCGGCAUUUUUUUUUUUUUCUUAAUUUCUAGCGAUUCAAUCCCUUUUUCUUAAUUCAUGAAACCUGCUGGAAUUCCAUUUCUGCCUUACCUGAACGGAGAUGCCCCAUUUGCUCAGAGGAUGAAUUUUGCAGUUGCUGGUUCUACUGCCUUGUCCCCAGAAGCUUUGGGCAUGCGUUUCCAUCACCAAGAUUGUUCUGAGAAGCUCAAGAAAUCUCUUUUCAUGGUUGGGGAGAUUGGUGGGAAUGACCAUAUAACCAUGCCCUGCUUGUAAACAAAACCAUUGAAGAGGUUAAGGGCAUCUUGCCUCAAGUAGUCUUAUCCAUCAAAGAUGCUGUCACUGUAAGUUUAAAACAUUCUCUUUAUAUACAUUAUUGACUUGUUAAGAAUUAAUAUGAUCAAGUUCU